GGUAGUACGAAUACGAAUACGGUAGUAUCGCAAUUUUCUGCGAGAGGUCUCCGUAAUCGCAUCCCUCUUUUGAUUCGACCCCUAUCACUACAUUUAAAGACCGUCGACAUCGACGAUGACGACGACGGUCGCGCCGCAAUUACGUUUUGGCAACCGUCGCAAAAGCUCGACCGAAUCUAAGCUGUGACUCGUGCGUCUCUUUUCUAUUCGCCGUAUGUUGUAUUCAUCGCUCGCUUAUUUUGUCUCGCUAGUCAAAAAGUCAGUGCGUGAAUUACGUCGAAUAAUACGCGCGAAUAUCGAUUAACCAGUAAAUUUUGAUCUGCUUUCUCUUUUCUGGACCUCUAACCUCAGAUCGAUAUUCGGAAUUUACCAGCGCCUAUUUUACUGCAACUGAAUUACGAUAUAUUCGCGUUUCAGCUUGCCCUACACAUUCGUUUCCCGUUACAGUUCGUUCCCCGUUUGUUUGUUAUAUUCCGAAGGAUGGCAAGUUUGAAGGUGCGCGUGGACUCGCCGAGGAUACGAUAUUCGGAGGAUUUCAUCGAGGCGGAGUACGAAUAUCAAACGAUUAAUGUGACCGAAAACAACGAGAACGACGAAAAUGAUUGCCAUACAUACACGGUAACACCUACGUUGACGAAAUUGCUGAUCAGAACCAUGAUAAAAGUCCCAAAGGUGGGUCUGAUGCUAGUGGGCUGGGGUGGCAACAACGGCAGCACUAUGACAGCAGCUUUGCUAGCGAAUAGACAUAAAUUAUCAUGGGAGACGAAAGAAGGUCUGAAGACUGCCAACUGGUACGGUUCUCUAACGCAAGCGUCUACCGUAAAAUUAGGUAGAAGUAUCAAAGGUGGAGACAUUUAUGUGCCCAUUUCCAGCAUGUUGCCUAUGGUGAAUCCCAACGAUAUCGAGAUCGAUGGUUGGGAUAUUUCAGACGUAAAUCUCGCGGAAGCCAUGACGCGCGCCAAAGUAUUGGAUCGAAACCUCCAAUUACAGUUACGGGCUCACAUGACUCAUUUACGACCGAGGAAGAGUAUAUACUAUCCUGAUUUCAUCGCUUCGAAUCAGGGCAAAAGAGCGAAUAAUAUCAUCAUAGGCACCAAGGCUGAGCAAUUAAACUUGAUUCGCAAGGAUAUAGUGCAGUUUAAGACUACGAAACGCCUUGACCAAGUGAUUAUCCUGUGGACCGCAAACACCGAACGAUUCUCGGAAAUUAUAAUAGGUGUCAACGAUACGGCUGACAAUCUGUUGAAAGCAAUUGAGCAAGAUCACUCGGAGAUCAGUCCUAGCACCAUGUUUGCUGUGGCAGCAGCUUUAGAAGGAUGUACUUACAUCAAUGGUUCGCCGCAAAACACUUUUGUGCCAGGUGUCCUUGAACUAGCUCAAAGACAAAAAACAUUCAUCGGCGGCGACGAUUUCAAGUCUGGUCAGACAAAGCUCAAGUCCGUGCUUGUAGAUUUUCUCGUAUCAGCCGGUAUAAAGCCAGUGUCUAUUGUCAGCUAUAACCAUUUAGGAAACAACGAUGGAUACAAUCUAUCCGCACCGCAACAAUUCCGCUCAAAAGAGAUCUCCAAGAGCAAUGUUGUGGAUGAUAUGGUCGAGUCUAACAAGAUUCUUUACAAACCUGAAGAGAAACCAGAUCAUUGCGUUGUCAUCAAAUAUGUUCCCUACGUUGGUGACAGCAAGAGAGCUAUGGACGAAUAUAUUUCUGAAAUCAUGUUGGGUGGUCACAAUACCAUUGUGAUCCAUAAUACAUGUGAAGAUUCACUUCUUGCGACUCCAAUAAUUCUCGAUCUCGUCAUUUUAGCUGAGCUCUGUUCUCGUAUCACCUUCAAGAGAGUAGAUUCCGAUGAAGAAUUCUCCGGUUUCCAUAGUAUACUCUCUAUUUUGUCGUAUCUUUGCAAAGCUCCAUUGGUACCCCAGGGAACUCCGGUGAUAAAUGCCCUGUUUCGACAACGGGCCGCCAUUGAAAACAUCUUACGAGCCUGCUUGUCAUUGUCACCGGAGGACAACAUGUUACUUGAACAUAAAGUCAAUUUCAAGAUAUAAAAAAAACGCACGUUGAUAGAAUAGAGAUAAAUGAAUGGGAAAAGAAA